GCCUGGGAACUGACGGAGGAGUCGGCGGAUAUCGAGUGUGGUGCGACUGAACCAACCGCACACACUUCAAGAGAGGGGUUGGAAAGGCAGCCAAGCCUGCGCGUCAGCAAACCUCUCCCUUACGCGAAAACAUCUACUUUUCUGUAGUUUUAAACAAAAAGCUACUGCCGCUUGCUCACCUGCUCACAGGAAAUUAACUUAAGUGUUUCGAUCAUAAGGUGGAGUUUAAUUUUGGGGUAGCCAGGAGCCGCGUUGAAAGACGGAGACAUGGCAACGACAACCUGUACACGUUUUACUGACGAAUAUCAGCUAUACGAGGAACUCGGAAAGGGGGCCUUUUCUGUGGUGCGCCGAUGUGUCAAGUUGUGCACGGGCCAAGAGUACGCGGCCAAAAUCAUCAACACCAAAAAGCUCUCUGCCAGAGAUCACCAGAAGCUGGAACGUGAAGCUCGAAUUUGCCGUCUGCUGAAGCACCCCAAUAUUGUUCGUCUUCAUGACAGUAUAUCAGAGGAAGGCUUCCACUACCUGCUGUUUGACCUGGUAACUGGUGGGGAGCUAUUCGAAGACAUAGUCGCCAGAGAGUAUUACAGUGAAGCUGACGCCAGUCACUGCAUCCAUCAGAUACUGGAGAGUGUCAGUCACAUUCACCAACAUGACAUAGUGCACAGGGACCUCAAGCCUGAGAACCUGCUCUUGGCCAGUAAGUGUAAGAAUGCUGCGGUGAAGCUGGCUGACUUCGGUUUGGCCAUCGAGGUGCAGGGAGACCAGCAGGCCUGGUUUGGGUUUGCGGGGACACCAGGAUAUCUGUCUCCUGAGGUGUUGAGGAAGGAGGCAUACGGGAAACCUGUGGACAUCUGGGCCUGUGGGGUGAUCCUGUACAUUCUUCUGGUCGGCUACCCUCCUUUCUGGGACGAGGACCAGCACAAACUCUACCAGCAGAUCAAAGCUGGAGCCUAUGAUUUCCCAUCCCCUGAGUGGGACACAGUGACUCCUGAAGCCAAGAACCUCAUCAACCAGAUGCUGACCAUUAACCCUGCCAAGAGAAUCAAUGCCCAGGAGGCUCUCAAACACCCAUGGGUCUGCCAACGCUCCACAGUGGCCUCCAUGAUGCACAGACAGGAGACGGUCGAGUGCCUGAAGAAGUUCAACGCCCGCAGGAAACUCAAGGGAGCUAUUCUGACCACCAUGCUGGUGUCGCGAAACUUCUCUGUGGGUCGACAGACUACGGCUCCGGCUUCGGUCACUGCAGCAGUAGCAGCGGCGGCCGGCACCACCGCCGGUCUGGUGGAACAAGCAGCCAAGAGCCUGCUCAACAAGAAGGCCGACGUCAAGCCCCAGACAAACAGCACGAAAAACAGCAUAGUCACCAGCCCCAAAGGAAACGUCCCUACUCCCGCUCUGGAGCCUCAGACCACUGUUAUCCAUAACCCAGUGGAUGGGAUCAAGGAGUCUUCAGACAGCAGUAACACCACCAUUGAAGAUGAGGACGUGAAAGCGAGGUCAGUAGAGAGCAGCUCAGUAAAGCCGUCCCCAGAGUCCAGCCAGUCUACACCUGCAGCAGCUCCUGCCCCUGUCAUCUUCUCCUCCAAGCUGUCCGACCUCUUGGGCUCGGUGCGCAGGAGUUCAGGUCCCGCUGGGGGGCUCGACACCGAGGGAGGGGUGCAAUCGGCUGCCUCCCCCCCUCAUACGCCUGCCACGCAGACCCGCCUGACAGACCUGGUGAGCAGUGUGUUCCGUGCGCCGGCCCCCCAGGUUACCAAGGAGACCUCGCGAGCCCCCCCCUCCUCCACUCCUCACGCCCCCCCGCCCCCCUCCCACACCCCCUCGGGCUCCUCAACUCUGAGCCUGCAGUUGCGUAAACAAGAGAUCAUCAAGAUCACAGAGCAGCUGAUUGAAGCUGUCAAUAAUGGAGACUUCGAGGCCUACGCGAAGAUCUGCGAUCCGGGACUGACGUCCUUUGAGCCAGAGGCCCUGGGGAACCUGGUGGAGGGAAUGGACUUCCACAGAUUCUACUUUGAGAACCGUGAGCGAUCAUUGCUGGCUAAGAACAGUAAGCCCAUCCACACCACCAUCCUGAACCCGCACGUGCACCUGAUUGGAGAGGACGCCGCCUGCAUCGCCUACAUCCGCCUCACGCAGUUUGUGGACGGCCAGGGACGUCCCCGCAGUAGCCAAUCAGAGGAGACCAGGGUAUGGCAUCGCCGUGACUCCAAGUGGCAGAACGUCCACUUCCACUGUUCUGGAGCUCCGGCUGCCCCACUGCAGUGAAGGAGCUGCAUUGGGUGCGUCUGACUGGUGUGCUGUCGUGGGCAGGAGAUGGAGGGAUGGAGAGAGGGACUGAAGGAGGCAGGACAGGGGAGAACGAGUGCAAGGCUGGGGAGCCUCCUCCACGGUCGGGCCCAUGGGCCUCCAGCUCUGCACCAACCCUGUCCAGGCAACACAUCGCAUGCACACCGUCACUCUUUAUCGUCCCCUGGGGGCCUGGGGUCACACUGCAGCCUCACUGACCUCUGUCCCGCCAUCUGAACUCUCCUCUGAAGCGCAAUUACCCUCAGCUGCACCCUCACCCCCCACCCCCUGCCUCCUCUGGAAGGAACAACAGCACACAUAUCAGAUCAAGACUCACAGCUCCUGUGUUCUGCAUUAGAACCGCACCCUCUGUUCCCAUGUCUCCCCUCACUGGAAACAGUGUUACACCCUGUGACGAGGGUGGGUCAGAAAUAUUAGAACCUUCAAAUGAAGUUCAUAUUAUUAUUAUUAUUAUUACCACUAUUGCUAUUAUUAUUAUUAUUAUUAUUACUACUACUAUUAUUACUACUUCUUUCAUCAUCAUUGGUAAUGCUGUUGUUCUAUUGAGGUUUAAUAUUUAAUAGUAUAAUUCUUGAUGCCAGUGGUAAAUCUAUUUUAUCAGAAGAAAAACUUUUGUUUUGUUUUUUCAUUUGUAUUUUUUGAAAUGCAUGAUUUUUUUUUCAGUAUUAUUCUCAGUGGCUGUUUUUUAUGUGCUUGAGUAAUACGAAAUGUACUUACAAUUUUACACACUUACCUGUAAGUCAUUAAGACUACUGAUCAGCGCAGCUUGUGAGCGGAAGGAAAGCAUUGUGGGAAAGGCCUUCAGACAGGAAGUGGAUUGGCUGAGGGGAGAGAGAUGUAGGGUUCCACUGUUGUCCGCCCCCUAACUCUGAGUGGCCAUCUGUGUGUUCUUAUGCUUCUUAAGGAGGUACUUCUGUUUAAUCUUGGUUUCUUCAAAAUAGGAUCUGACAUGUCACCUCUUUCGGUAAAAUUAUGAUAGUUCUGGUGUUGCCAUGACUACAAUUAAACAUCAAAUACCGUCAGGAUUCCACAGCUAUAAUUAGAUUAAAUGAAACACUCCGUCUGAAUCCUUUGUGUCUGAGCCACAUACAUUGUCACUAAGUCCUACUCAUUACUUUCAGUCCAGGCUUGAUGCUUUCCAGGGGCUUCUGUAUGAAAUGGCAGAGCUAGCAUCCCAGUGCAGUGUACAAUGGAUGCCUAAUACCGUGUCCAGAUACACUUGCACUUGGACACACUCAUAAGGUGCGUUUAUAGUUAAAUUAGUCUGGGUAGUCUUAGGAUUUUUAGUGAAUUCUUAUGGGAUCUUUGUAUGGUAGUUUUAGGAGCUUUUAUAACCUAGGGGAUAUUUGAUCUAGUAAGGCGUAGGGCUGCUCUUGACAGUGCAGCUGCAUCAAUAAGAGAAGGUAACGCGUGCUGACUCAACCCACGGUGGGGAAGUGAGGUGGGCUAGAGUGAGGAGAUGCGUGGCUUUUACAGGAAAUGACACAGGAGGUGUGGAACCAUCUCUUAGGCACCUGAUCAUUGAUAUCCCCCUUUUCACUUCUGAUUUCUCUUCAUUCUGACUUAUAUUCUGAUUAUUUCACCCUAUUUUUGUAUGUCAUAGAAAAUAGAUGUUUUGUGGAGGGUUUAUUUUUCCCUAUAAGUUUAUGUAAGACCCAAUGUGGUGUCUAUGGGCAUUACAUGUUUGUUUAACUGCUGAGGUGAACAAGAAAGUCUUCAUUUAUUUUUUCUUUGUAAGAGGUGCUGAAAAGAAUUGCUACUGCUGCAAAUCAUGGUAAAGGGGGUAAGACUAUAAAAUAAGCACAGAUAUUAUUUAGUUACAGAAAUGUAUGGCAGCAUCAGCUUCUAGAGAGCUAUUAUUUUCCACUGGAUAUUUGUGAGUGGAGCAUAUCUAUUUACCAUGGUUACGUUGAAACACACACACACACACAUACACAAAUAGCACCCAUAUAUGUUUGUUUACAUGACAGUUUGUGUGUGUGUGUAUGUGUUCAUUAAGGCACACAUGUUCUUGUUUGCUCCUAUGCCACAAUGCAACGGCAAUAUGAAGCCUGGAGGUGAAUAGAAUGCGUUGCUAUAGAGAUAAGUAAUAACAUAAUGCAAGAGCUUCCUGGUAACCAGCACAGUUUAUACCAAUGAGUAUAGAAGUUACUUCUAUACUCUUUGUUUAUACUGUUAGUUGAAUGCAGAUUUGAUCUGUGUAGAGAUAUGGAAUGUACAUGACAUAAUGAGAUGAUGACAUAAUGAGAUGUGAAGCAGAUUCUCUCAGUGGCAGCAUAUCUGUUUAAUAUCAUUCUUGUGAUUUAAAAAAAAUAAUAAUAAUUGUUCUCCUCUACAAUGUGAUAUCUGUUGUUUUUCUGUUGUCAUGUUGAACCCUAUUGGUUUGAUGUGGGGGGUGUUUCUUGGUAGAAAGUAUGAGACCAGGGGUUUCGAGGGUUUCACCCUGCGUUUUCAGUGUUUUCAACUCUCGAACUUCUCCAGAGCCGGUUAUGUUAAGUUAGAGCGAGUUAAGAGAUCAAAACCUAGAAAGAAUGUUUAUAAAAUGUAUAAAGAACUGCCUUCAGACAUCAGAGGAAUCCGUACUGGGCGUGGCCCAGAGUCUGGCCUCAUCCGUCCCACCAGCCUCUGUCCCCUCGGAACAGCGGUUGAAACAGCAUGCUGACAUUCUAUAGUGAUGUUCUCUCUUCUAUCUGUGUCACACAGUGCAUACUCAAUACUCAAAUAUGACAGAUGAAUAUAACAAUAACUUUUAAAGAUUUCAUACAUACAGUAUAUUGUACAACAACAAUUAUGUAGUGAUGACAUAGGUGGCAUCUAUUUGCAUGAAAUUCAAAAUGAAGAUACAUUUGGUGUUUUUAUUUCAUAUCGUUGAUUUCUUUUUUACUGAAUGCUGGUGAGUUAUGAUCCUCUAUCUUCUUUCUAAAUUUUGUGCAUAUACCAAUUUUUGACGAUGAUGAUGAUGAUGAUGAUGAUGAUUAUAAUGACGAUUAUGACUAUCAUGGCAUAAGUAACAAUGAUUGUAUUGCAUGUUUUUGUACAGGGUUUCUUGUUGUUUGAGCAGGGUAGGAUGGUCAUGAAUUUUAACUGAGGACUUGGGAGUCUUAAUUUGUGCAGUUUUUUUUUAUUCUGCCUGAACAAUCCAAGCUUGUCAUGCUGGCUUUGAGAGUGCAUCAUGGGAAAUUAUGUGUCUAGUUGUGCGGAUGAUACUAGUGAACUGCAUGCUUCGGAGGUUCAUUCACUGCUGAGUAUCAUGCAGAAGCACUGCAGCGUUUACCAUGGACACAGUCCAGAGUUUACUGAGAGCCCCUGUUUUGCGCUGCAAUAUUAUUUUGCUGAGACGUGAAAUAUAAUGGCAACACAUAGAGGGCGCCAGACAUCUAUGUUCACCAGCUCACUUUGGCCCUUAGCAGAAAGUCACUUGCAGCAGCAACAUGCCAUGAAUGUGGACCUACAUGGUCUUGAAUUUCCCCUUGGGGAUCAAUAAAGUAUCUAUCUAUCUAUCUCUAUCUUCACAAACAGAUGUGAGAACAGCAAGUUUGCUGAGUCAGUGAGAUGAUUUCCAUACUCACCAGACAAGUAAUUAAGUAGUAGUUUCAUAGUUCUUCUAUGGCAAUAAGAAGCCAGUGUUUGCCUGUGCAUCCCUAUGGCAAUGGUAAUUGGAUCACACUGUUAUGCAAAGUAUUACUACUGUGGGAGUUAGAGCGCUCUUAAAAGUAUGCUGUAAAGUUCCAGGCCAGUGAUGAAACGAAGGUGUGUGUGUGUUUGUUUGUGAAUGUAUGAGUGUGUGCGUAUGUGUGUGUGUGUGUGUGAGAGAGAGAGACGGAGAGACAGGAAAGAGUUCAUUAGUGCCGAAUCCCUCCUUUUUUAGUGACACCUCGCUGCUCUUACAACAUCAAGCCACGGCUCUUUGUAGUGUUUCUUUUAUGUCCUUUGAUCCCUAAUCCUAUUGCCUGUAUUUGUUUCAGUUGCUUUGCUUAUGGUUUCUCUGACGCUGAGCCUUUGAGAUCUGUUGGUUUCUCGUUUUUGAAGGGGGGGUUUUGUAUAUAAUCUCAUGAUGUGUAAUGAGAUUAUGUGAAUCCUGUAAGAUUACACAACAAGGUUAUUAUUAUUAUUAUUAUUAAUAUUUCUCUCCACUCUUCCUGGUACUGCUGCUCUGUUCUUCCAAUGUGCUCUGUGUUCUAAAAGUUAAGGAAAUGUGUUAAGAUGUUAUCGAUAUGUUAUCAAUAAAAAUUACGGUACAAAGGCA